AUUAUUUUCUGUGGGAUUUAUACACUGACCCGAUAACCAUUGCCAUUUCUUUAUAUAUAUACACAGCGCAAACACAGAAUUGUCGCUCCUGUAGUGUUCUAUCUCUUCUUGGUUUGAUCAGUUUCUUUCUCACUACUCACUUUAUCUAUAUCUAAACACCUAUUCUGCCUGUUCAAGGAAAUUGAAAAACUUCUUUCCUCCCAUCAAUGGUGGAUCUUCAAACUGUAUGUUGCAUGUGCGGCGACGUCGGUUUCCCUGACAAGCUCUUCCGUUGCAGCAAAUGCCGUCAUCGUUUUCAGCACUCGUAUUGCAGCAACUACUACAGUGAAUUAUCGGAGCCAAUUGGACUCUGCGAUUGGUGCCAGAGCGAGGAAAGAAAUGCAAGACAUGGAAACUCUUCAAAGAAAUCCGUGGCUGGACAUGAUAGUGGAGGAGUAACUAACCGAUCGGAAUACUCGGGCGACAAAAUCAAGCAACAUGAUCGCGAAGAGGGCGCCGCAGAAAAGGGAAAAAGCCCAAGCGGAGUUCCUUCUCCAAGAACGGCUACUCGCAGGUACAAGCUUCUCAAGGAUGUCAUGUGUUAGAAGGGGAAGUUUUUCAUAGUAGAAGUUAAUUAUAAUACUAAGUAAUAUAAAAACUGUGUUCGUGAGUGUUUUUCUUAAAUUUUCAGUUCUGGAUGAGUUUUAGUUAUCGUUUGUGAUGGCCAAGAAGUUAAUAAAAUAAUAUGACUUCUUUUCCUUUUUAAAAUA